AUGUGUGACAGCUGUGACGUAAAGACGGAGUUAGGGAGGAGUGCGCUGCGCAGGGGCGUCCCAGGACCCUGGAACAGGAUCGAUCUCCCCUCAGACCACAUGGACUCCAAGGGGAUCACCAUGCGUCCCUUCUUCUUCUUGCUCCUGCUUCCCGUUCCGGGUUGGAGCAAGGUCGUGACCGAAGGGGAAGCCUUGGAAUGUUACGUAUGCGAACCAAAGGCCGUGGCGGACAUCAUAGAGAAACCUUCGGUGAGGCUAGAAUUCCCUUUCAACGAAGUCGGAGAUUGUGUAGAUUUUGACGAACUCAAGGGGAAAGCGAACGCCAGCGAAACCCUUCAACCUUACGUUCGUGAAUGUCCCAAGCAAUAUUCCAAUUCUUGCAUCAAAGCCGUCGUCGGUGUGUUCUGUUAUCUUCAUUAA